AUGAGGUCUGCUGCUCUGUUCCUGCUGAUGCUCUGCUGCUCCGUUGGUGAAGGCCGAGCGGAGGUCUUUGUUCUUGCAGACGAUGGCACCAGGACCGAAGCCCGGCCCCCCAGGGACCUGAGUGUCCUCUGGGAAGAGCUGCAGGGCCUGAAGCAGCUGGUCCUCAGUCUGAAGGGGGAGCAAGUGGAGCAACGACAAGAACUCCGGACUGUGGAGAGCCGGCUGAGGGACGGGGAGAUGGAGCUGCAGAAGCAGAGCAUGGAUGAGCUGCAGGUGGCGCUAGACCUCCUGCUGACAGAGCAGACCUCUGGUCUGAGGAAGAAGGUGGAGGAGCUGGAAGAGCAGACCAAAGCUGAGAUAUCAGAGCUUCGGGCCAGAAUGAGCCGCAGUGAGAACUCAGUGGAGAUCCUGAAGAAGAAGAACUCAGCUGUUGCGGCUGAGCUGCUGUUCCUGCAGACCAGACUGAGGGCCAGCGAGAGCAGCGUGGAGCAGCUGAGGAGGAAGGACGCAGGUCAUCAUCAUCAUCAUCAUCCUCUCAUACACCUUCAUUACUUCUCUGGGUUCAGUGCAGAGCUCUACUGAAGUGCUCACACUCCCUGACCUUAUCCACAUUUCCUCACGUUCCGACUACAAACAUCUUUGUAUUAAUUAGGAUUCUUGGGUGACAGACCAACACAUACGACUGUGGAAGCAGAAAAAAAGAAGAAGAUAAUUUAAAAACCGGAAAAUAUAAAAGAUGUGACGUGACUUGCAUUUCCAAUAAACGUAGAAUUGCGCAAAUUGAAACUACAAAAGUGAAUUUGCUUUAUGGCAACACAAUAAUUUAGAAAAAAAACUCACGUUUUUUGAUAACAGGUUUUUCAGUAACUUUAAAUUGACGUAUUUUUCAAAACUGCAAUGCCAACACUUUUUCCCCGCUUCACACAAGUCACGUGAUCAACAACUGGACAUUACAACUGGCGAAAACGUCGAAGAAGACAACAGGAAGU